UCGAGCUUGUGCAGGAGGAUGGAGCCAGCCCGGAGAGUGGUCCCCACGGGGCCGCGGAGGACUGGCUGGCCGAGCCGUUACUGGUCCACGCAGUCAGAGCGUCUUGUGCAUUCCGCUAUGGUUCUGAGGAAGAAACUGAGUUGCUUAUGGACGCUAGGUCUCUGUCUGGUAGCCAGUAAAUCGUCUGCCAAAGUUCCCUCCAUCACAGACACGAAUUUUAAAGACAGCAGCGUCAAGGCGCACAACGACAUGCGCGGCAAAGUCUGGCCCGCCGCGGCUGACAUGCAACACAUGUCUUGGGAUGAUGGUUUAGCGCAGGUUGCUAAAGCGUGGGCAAACAAGUGCAAGUUCAAACACAACUCCUGUUUAUCAAAAUCCUAUGGAUGUCAUCCGACUUUUCAAUAUGUUGGAGAAAAUAUCUGGCUAGGUGGAUUCAGCAUAUUUUCACCAAGAUUUGCUGUUAUUGCUUGGUUUAAUGAAACUGCAUUUUAUGAUUAUAAUACCCUAUCAUGUUCCAAAGUUUGUGGCCAUUACACACAGGUAGUUUGGGCCAAUUCAUAUAAAGUCGGUUGUGCAAUUACAAUGUGUCCUACACUUGGGAACCAUGAAACUGCCAUAUAUGUAUGCAACUAUGGACCUGCAGGAAAUUUUCCAAAUAGGCCCCCUUACACUAGAGGAGUAUCCUGCUCUUUGUGUGCAAAAGAAGAAACCUGUGAAAACAAGCUCUGCCGUAAUAAAGAACUUGAUAAGACUGAAAAAUAUCCAAAUUGGAGUCCACAAGGGAAGGCACCUCAGCAGAUAUCAUGUAAUUUAUUGUGCCUAGUUUCUGUUCUUCUGAGACUAUUUUAAUCAUCAUUUACAUACAAGAAAAAUUCUCAGACAUGACAAUAAACGAAUAGUUUAUGGCUAAA